AUGCUCUAUUCGCUAAUAUCUAAUCUUCUUUGCUUUAUAUGGCCACUAUUUUUAACACUUAAACUGUUGAGUGGAGAGUAUUGCAAGAAACGUACCGUUGAUGGCAAAAAUAGCGACCAAAUUAAAUUUUUACUUAACUAUUGGAUAUGUUUUAUUAUUGUGGAUUAUAUAGAAAGGCUGGUGUUAUAUAAUGCUAUAUUUUGGCCUUGUUUUGGAUUCGGCUUCUUGCCAGAACUUUUUUCUUGCUCGAUAAAGCUUUGGUUAUUUUACAAUCAUGGAUGCUUGGUAAUAAACUAUUGUUAUCUCAACCAGUUUUUGAGGAAGGUUACUUGUGAAUUAGAAGCUGUUGACCCCUUGGAAGUUUUUGAGGUGAAUUUGGUAAACCCUGUGAUGAAGACUUUAUUGACAGAAAAUCAUCUUGCUCCUUUGAAAUUGCUAUCAAGUAUGAAGAUUGGGACUAUAAGCUGGACCGUUGGUCGAAUAGUUGAAUUUUGCCAGUGCUUUGUUAAGUCCGCUGACCAAUCCUUCUUGCAGUUUUCCCUAGAUUAUAUUUGUUAUAUGGAUUCUAAGCAGGAACUUGAAAAGCAUUUCGAGAUAACAAAAAGGUUCCUUGCUUCAGUAAUAUCCUUUAUUCAAUACCAAUUCAUUCGCUUGAACGUACAAGACGAGGAAUCCUUACCAAAAAUAGUACAGUUACUAUUAAUACCAAAUGUUCAACAAAAUGUUCCGUUGCACCAUACUCCGAAAUUCGAAUCACAUAAUGAUAGAAUCGAACCAGUUCGUAUGGAUCUGAAGGGUACAAAAGCUAAUGAUACGCUCGAGCCAGAGCUAGAAUAUCAAUCAAAAAGUAGUAUCUCAGACCAAAAGUAUUCAAUCAAUAAUAAAUUGCUACCGAGAUAUGUUGGGAAUUGUCAGUUCACAACUUAUUCUAAGCGAAAGCUGCAGAGAACAAGCUCUAAACCGAAAUAUCUCGAUAAUGCAAUAUCUGGAUAUGUAACAACAACAAUUUCCAACCCUUUUCAAUUUAGGAAGUUUAGGUAG